AUGGCCGGGAGCGCUUUCACAUUCUUUCAUGCUAAGGUCUCAAAAUCGACAUUUCUGCGCCUCUACCUGGAUGACUUCUUUGUGCUGCUAGCAUGGGCAAUCAUGUUGACUACCGCCAUCAUCUGGCAAAUCGAGGGGCAAGUGCUGUAUGAAAUGUAUGCGAUCAGUGAGGGCAAGCAGCCUUACACCCCGGAUAUUCUACCAAAGUUCGGGAAGUUCAUGCGUUUCGUCGCCCCACUCACCAUUCUGUUCUACUCGGGAUUAUGGUGUGUCAAAUUCUCAUUCUUAGCCUUCUUCUACCGGCUUGGUUCCAAGGUCAAGAGUCAUCGGAUCUGGUGGUAUGUGGUCUUGUUUUGCACCGUGGCUGUCUGGAUGGCCUCGGUCGCGGAUAUCGACUACCGAUGCAGUUUUGGGGGUUUGGAAUAUACCAUGACCCAAUGCUCCAACCUCUACCAUGUACACUUUGAAAACCGCACAUUUUGGGCGAACUGUGCCGGGGAUGUGGUUACCGAUCUUAUGAUUUUAUCAAUCCCCGUGCUCAUCCUCUGGAAAACACGUAUUACUUUCACAAAGAAGCUUGUCUUAUUGAGUGUCUUCUCCGUCACGAUUAUCGUCAUGGCGAUCGCCAUUAUCCGAGUCGUCGUCAAUACCUCCCUUGAUGAACCCGUCGAUAUCUCCUGGUUAUAUCUGUGGAGCUUUAUUGAAAUGGGAACCGCGAUCAUAAUCUCCUGCGUCGCCUCCUUCCGUCAGCUCUUCGUGACAUCACAAAACCAACAUCUCUUCGGCAAAGUCGCGUACCACCCACCCAAUAACCCUCUCCUCAACAGCAUGCGGAAUGGCUAUAGACGCACACAGUCCGGUCCGGGAGUCGAGGGAGAUGGUUCGUCUCAGAGAAGCGGUACUGCUCCGAAGAUACUUCCCUUGGACCUUGUGCAUGUGCGAAACGAAUUUGAUGUUGAGAGCGCGCCGGCUAGUCGAAAUCAUUCUCGUGAGGAUCCAUGGAAUUAA